AAGACCUCGGUGCGGCUCUUAUUUCAAUCUGUCUCUGUUCGAGGAAAAUAAGGAAUGCAGCUUUUUUUAGACAAUACGGAGUAUCUCGAUGUUUAUUUUUAGACGUGCCGUAUUUAACGUUGGUGCUGUAUGACUGUCCGUUUAUCUCCCUAUGAAGCACCAUUUUUCUAGACUAGGUCAGCGAGACAGCAGAGCGGAAUUACAGAAGCCAUCUUCUCUAAAGUCAUAGGAUUCUUACCCUCCAUCUUCCCUUAUCUCUGGUGAUUCAACGUGGUAUAAUGUGAUACAGGAACAUCAGUGGCGCCAGUGAGAUAAAGCAUGGGAUUGCCCCCCGGAGACAGGAACCACACUCCUAUUCCUGAGGUCGAGGUCCCUGGCCCCAGAGGGCCACAUGAUAGACGGCUGGAAGCGAGCUCUGAGGUAAAUUGUGGAGCGGGCCUGAAGGGCAUCCUAACUAAACUUGUCCUUUCUGCACAUUGUAGAUCCAGCCUGACAGGUAGUAAUGGAGUCUGAGGAGACAGAGCUGAGAGAUUGUGAUGAGGCCUUUGAGUCAGAAGAGGGCGAUGUGGAGCCAUACCUGGAGGAGCCGGCGAGCAGCAGGGAGCUCCUAGAGAGGCUCAGGGAGCUGGAGGCUGAUAAUUCAGUCCUGGCCCUUGCGAAUGAGAGCCAGCGAGAGGCGUAUGAAAGGUGUCUGGAUGAGGUUGCCAACCACGUGGUACAGGCCCUUCUGAGUCAAAAGGACCUGCGGGAGGAGUGUAUUAAGUUGAAGAUGCGUGUGUUUGACCUGGAGAGACAGAACAGAACUCUGACUGAGCUCUUUGCCCAGAAACUACACCCCCAGGAUAGCUCUCUGCAACAGUUGCAAUUGGUGUCUGUCCCAGAGCACAGCACAUGGCCCCUGACCAUGGACAGUGACAAGCUGCUGGUGUCCCAGAGCCAAAGCGAACUCAAGAGCAAUGGGGACCACACACAGAACGGAACAGCCGGCUUGGCCCCGGCCCCUGCCACCUCCAUAGAGGCCCUGUCUCCGUUCUUCAAAAAGAAAGCACACAUCCUGGAAGUAUUGCGCAAGCUGGAGGAGUCGGACCCCCUCAAGUUCCACCCCUCCUCCUGCCUGUCCCCACACCACGACCUGGGUCAGGCGCUGGUUUCCAUGGAAAGAGACCAGAUGUCCCUGAUGUCCUCUGUGGGGUUACCCUCUUCUCAGCACCUGGUAGCACAUCCCUCGUCACGCUGCCACUUCUCCAGCUCAGACUCGGACAACCAUGAUUAUACCAACAGAGAAGGGGCUCUCCAGGAGGACCAUGCCCUGCACAAACAGCACCAGCACAGGGACUGCCAGUCCUGCCACAUGCUCUCCCAGAAGAGUAGCCUGGACAGCCUGCUGAAGUGUGCCCAGGUCCAUGGCGCCGCACACCCGGGCAGAGUGGAGAGCCUCAACGGGCAGGCCUGGGCAGAGGACCAGGGGGUGUUGGCACAGAGCACAGUCCUUCCCGAGGCAGCAGCUCUCCCCCACCUCCUCUCUACUGGCAGCACAAGCCAGUGCUACAUGCACAAAACAGCAGUGGACUCUCUAGAGCAGCCUCCAGAACUUCUGGUUUCUUCUGAUCCAAUCUCCUCGCUAAUCCAAGCCAACCUCAACGGGAUGCUACGGAAAGAGACCAGGAACUUUCAAAGACACAAAGACAGGCAUCCGUUUGGCAAACCGCUGCCUCGGGCUGAAGUGCAACCCUCUCACAGUGAGGAUGUGAAGCACACGUCGCUGACCCAAAACAGGGACAGUCCGGAGGAGUGCUGCUACCUGGAAGAAGAGGCUGCAUCAGUGGCACACAAUGUGAACAACAGCCUGCACACCCCUACCUCACAUACAGACCCUGUUGCCACGGAGACGGACCCAGGGUAUCAAGAGGAGCAGGAAGUGAGCGAGCAGGUCUGCAACGGGCUCUACUUCUCCUCCAAUGAGACGUCUGUCUGCAAGAAGGUGGCGGUGGAGUUGUACUCUCCAGCCCCGGUUCCCGAGAGGACCAGCUCAGCUCAGGCCCUGCCUCCCUCUGGCAAGAGCAAGCUUGCACUCAGCCCCACCUUUUCCACAGGCCUAGGUGAAGUCAAGCCCUCCCCCAUUUCCUCCCCGUCCCGGCUGCUCAAGUUCCUGAAGAUCCCGACGGGGAUGAACCAGGCACAACCAGGCAACCCCCCUCCGUCUAAGUCCCCAGCUCACCCGCAGCUCCAAGAUCCCCUGCAGGAACAACAACAACUAUGAGGUGUACCACUCACCU